AUGCUUCGACUAUCUCUACUCUUCGCCAACUCAAAACUUCUUCAUCUUACAUCUGAAAAUCGACUGUUUUCUUUUUCUAUUUGGGUGAAUUUUGUUGUUUUAUUCCAUGAAAAUCUUGAAUACCUUGGAUUUACAGAUUUUAGUGCUCUGGAUGCCAUGAAGAUUUAUCAAAGGAUCACAAGUAUGGGAUACACUUCAUCAAAUUCUCUUGCCUGAUGAUGUCGUCCGACUGAUGAAAAGUGACGCAAAUUCUUUGAUUUUUGAUUUUAAAGCAGUUGUAAAGGGAAUUUGAUCACUUGCCUCCAUCAUAACCCAAGAACAAGAUUCAGUUAUACCCCAACCACUUCAUAUUGACAUUUGAAAUAGAGUCUUACUACGCACCCCAACUGCUCGAUGAAAUGCUUGAACUAGGAUGCCUAGAAGAGAUCAGUUUUUUUCUUCUGGAAAUAUAGAAAAAAAAAAGUAAUUGCUUGAGUUUAGGACAUGUAUUCAUUUUGUGUUAACAUUUUUUGCUUGGUUUUAAUUUUAUCUGAUUAUAACAUUUACUAUUUAGUAAUAAGUUUCAUCAUCAACAUUUGUAUGUUGUUUUUUGUAAAAUUGUUGGUUAUACACUUAUGUUUAACCAUCUUUGCUCCUCCAUGGGAAACAGCUGAUUUCUAUUCAGAGAGAUACAACGAGUUGUUCCCUCUUUACAAGAUGAUGAAGCCAAGUUGACUCUUCAUGGGUUGGCCAGGUGUGACUUAUAAUUUGACUUGGGGCAGGGACACGGCUGAAAAUUUGAAGAUUAAGCUCAAACUUUUGACUUGGAGAAGAGAAUACUCAAAAUGGAUUUGACAGAAGUUUAAACAUGUUUGAGAGGAAAGGGUAUAGCUAGAAAGUUGAAGGUCGGCAGAUGGUUAAAGAGUUUGAGAGGUAGGGGCAUAAUUGGGCAGUUGAAGGUUAGGUUGAAGGUAAGCAGAAAUUCAAGACUUGGUGUAGAUUAAAGUCAAAAUAGGAAAUAUUAUCAUGCUCUGGAUGACCUUUUAAUAUAAUGCAAGGAAGUAUGAAUUUCAUAUAUAUAAUGAACAACAUGUAUGCAAAAGAACCAUAAAUUCGAAACAAACAC